CAUUUUCGUCGCCUCUGAAGAAGGAGACAGAAAAAAAAAAUGGCGCAGAUGGUUGCGAUGCCCGUAGCCCACUCGCUCUCACUCAUUUGCAGCUGGAAUCCUCUCACUCGCAACACUCUUGCUCUCCCAGCUUCGAACGCUCCCAGUAAGCAGAGUCUAACCAUCAGAUGUGCUCGUGUUGGAGGUGUGGAGAUUCCGAGUAACAAGAGAAUCGAAUACUCUCUUCAGUACAUUCACGGCAUUGGCCGAACCAGAGCUCGCCAGAUCCUCGUUGAUCUCCAGAUGGAGAACAAAAUCACCAAAGACAUGGCUGAGGAAGAGCUCAUCGUGCUUCGUGACGAAGUCUCCAAGUAUAUGAUCGAGGGUGAUCUGAGGAGAUUCAAUGCGCUUGCUAUCAAGAGAUUGAAGGAGAUUCAGUGUUACCGUGGCGUUAGGCACAUCCAAGGGUUGCCGUGUCGUGGACAGAGAACCAAGAACAACUGCAGGACUCUUAAGGGCAAGAAGAUCGCCAUUGCUGGCAAGAAGAAAGUUUCAAAGUAACCCAUCUUCUUGAUGUCCUUGUAAUACUCUUUUUAUUUCUCUGUUUAAAAUGUGAUUUGUGUAAUCCCUGAGACUUUGUUUUAAUCGUGAGCCCUUUCCAGAUCUUCUUCGGCUUUAUCAUGUAAAAGGUUCUAUUUAUGACCGUUCCAACAGAUGUA